AGAUUAGUCAUUACAGCUAGUGAAAAACUCAAUUCAGCUAGUGCUCACAUAACCCCGUGCCUGUUGUAGCGCAUCUGCGCUGUCUGAAAUCCUCUCCGUCCUGUUGGAGAGGACUUGCAUGCCUCUCCAAACGUGACUCCAUUCAUUGCCAUCAAGCACCGCGGAGAGACGCACACAACGAAACAACACUGGCAACGAGCAGCUCUCCUUCAAACCUGGACUAUGAGGGGUUCCUGCCGACCACGAGCCACGCAAGACUGGACAGUAUGUAUGACCAACUGUCCCACCCUCAUUGUGACGGUGGGCCUCCCAGCGAGAGGGAAGACCUACAUCUCCAAGAAGCUGACCCGCUAUCUCAACUGGAUUGGUGUGCCAACCAAAGAGUUCAACGUGGGUCAGUACAGGAGGGAGUGUGUGAAGAUCUACAAGUCUUUUGAGUUUUUCCGUCCAGACAAUGAAGAGGGGCUGAAGAUCAGGAGGCAGUGUGCACUGACGGCGCUGAAUGAUGUGUGCCAGUACCUGACUGUGGAGGGAGGCCAGGUGGCGGUGUUUGAUGCCACUAACACCACCAGGGAGAGGAGAUGGACCAUCACCAGGUUUGCAGAGCAGAAUGGCUUUAAGGUGUUCUUUGUGGAGUCUGUGUGUGAAGACCCUGAUGUCAUUGCAGAGAACAUAGCGCAAGUGAAGCUGGGUAGUCCUGACUACAUAGACUGUAAUACAGAGGAGGUCAUCGAGGACUUCAUGAAGAGAAUCAAGUGCUACGAGAACUCUUACCAGCCACUGGAUGAGGUUCUAGACAGGGAUCUGUCCUACAUUAAGAUCAUGGACGUGGGCCGGAGAUACCUGGUGAACAGGGUGCUGGACCACAUCCAGAGCCGCAUUGUCUACUACCUAAUGAAUAUCCACAUCACACCACGCUCCAUCUACCUGUGUCGCCAUGGAGAGAGUGACCUCAACGUCAAAGGACGCAUCGGAGGAGACUCAGGCCUGUCUGGCAGGGGCAAGGAGUUUGCAAAGUGUCUGGGGAAGUUUAUCCAGGAGCAAAACAUUAAGAAUCUGAAGGUGUGGACCAGUCAGAUGAAGAGAACCAUUCAGACAGCCGAGGCCGUGGCUGUCCCCUAUGAGCAGUGGAAGGCUCUCAACGAGAUCGAUGCUGGUGUGUGUGAAGAGAUGACGUAUGAGGAGAUCCAGGUUCAUUUCCCUGUGGAGUUUUCACUGAGAGACCAGGACAAAUACCGCUACCGCUACCCUAAAGGAGAGUCCUAUGAGGACCUGGUGCAGCGGUUGGAGCCAGUCAUCAUGGAGCUGGAGAGGCAGGAGAACGUCCUGGUCAUCUGUCACCAGGCUGUCAUGCGCUGCCUGCUCGCUUACUUCCUGGAUAAGAGUGCAGAGGAGCUGCCUUACCUGAAGUGCCCUUUGCACACUGUAUUGAAGCUGACCCCUGUGGCGUAUGGAUGUAAAGUAGAGUCUGUCUGGUUGAAUGUGGAAGCUGUGAACACCCAUAGGGACAGGCCAGAGAAUGUAGACAUUUCACGGAUGCCGGAAGAAGCCCUGUUCACAGUCCCCGCCCACCAGUGAUGAGUGACGGCGCACAAAGUUUAGAUUCAAUCAGUUCUUCCUUCACCUGCGAUAACUGACAACUGCAUAGCAGUUUCAUUGCUUUUAUUCAUUGAAUGUCGUAGGUGUAACGGCGUUAGAGCUGUCAAAUCAGGAAGCGACUCCCGGCGUGAUACCUAUUGCGGACAUUUCCAUUUUAUGUGACGAGUCGCAUUAGUAAUAAUCCCAUGCAGCCUUGUUACAAGUUCAAACACGGGAAUGUGUUGUAAUAUACACCUCGAUUAGGCUGAUAUAUGAAUCCUCAUUAUUUAGGUUAAUGAUGUUCAAUUUGAGUGUCAUUAUUUCUAUAUAGCCUAGACUUUCUCGUUAUGAACUUCUAACGUGAGUGGGACGGGUGUGGCUUGGUGACAAUAACCGCACGAGCAGCCGCUCAGCUCUAAAGCAGUUCCACUUCCAGCACCUUCUAAACACCAGCUAUGCAGGUGUUGGCUACCACUGGUUAAUGCUUGAUCUGAUUGAAUCCAGGCCCUAGACUCCAAAGUGCCAACGCUCACCAUGGCUACUUCAUCUACUCAAUCAGAAAUCAAUGCAAAUUGCUAUUUUAAAAAAUCCUUGCAGCGGGAUUUGAAGAGUGCAUCCGAAUCUUUCAUUUGACAUAUUUCAAUCUACAGUGGCAAUCAGCAGAGGAAACAAUAACGAAGAGUGAUCCCCGGUUUCGGUAAAAAGCUGAGGGAUGGGCUGGAGAAAUGUAACUAUUCUCAAAUUGGGAUGACCAUUCAUGAUAUCAACAUUGAGUUUUAACCAUGUUUUGAGGCAAAAAGUGUUUGUUUACAUUUACUUUGGUUACAAACAUUGGAGUAAAAGCUUAGAUUUUGGGUUCUGAUGGAGGCAUUUAUACAUUUUAUUCUUCAAGAAUCAUUCAUUUAUAAGUCCAAAAAUGUAAUUAGCGACUGCUGAUUUCCCCUUUUAAGGUUCUUAAAAAAAAACAUCAUUUUUUCAUCUUGGUUCUUCACCUGAUCUGUGUCUUUCCUUCUGUGCAAAAUUGCCUGUGUAAAAUUGCCUGUGUUUAGACAGGCAUCCCAAUCCUGAUCUUUUUUCCACAAAUUGGUAUUUUGACCAAUCAUAUCAGAUCUUUCUCAGAGCUGAUCUGAUUGAUCAUAAACAAUUUUGUGAAAAAAAAAUAUCAGAAUUAGGCUGCCUGUCUAAACGUCUAGAGAACUGGAAUCCAGUUCAAUGGUGAUUCACCCCACUAUCGGGGUAUGUGUGCCUGUGAGUGUGUUUUGUAUGUGUGUGAGUGAGUGUAUUAUGAACAAUGUAAGGACAAUCUGAUGUGAAACCUUUUUUAUAUACAUGACAUAUGGCUUUUAAUCAAAUUGUAAAGUGUCUUGACACUGGCUGCGUUUACAUAGGCAGCCCAGUUCUGAACUUUGUCCACUAAUUGGCCUUUUAACCAAUCAGAUCAACUCUUUUGUCAAUCGUUUGGUAAAGAUCAGAAUUGGCAGCCUGUGGAAGCUAAAUGUAAUACUCCUUGUUCUUAGUAUUUUAGUUUUUGUCCAACCAUUUGUCUGUUAACAAGUGUUUUUUUAAAGCUGUUUUUUAGUUUGUGAAUUUCCUAUUAAACCAACUCUUGCGUUUA